AUGGCUCUUCGAUGGUACAAUGGAUGCGCACUCGACAACCGCGAUACAAAGGAGGACAUCGAUUGGAAACAGAACGGCCAAGUCCUAGCUUUGCGGUUGAUGUACGUGAUCUGGAAGACGAGGUUGGCGACAGCUGCUGACUUGCGACAGGUGCUUCCCCCGAUGGCACGGCCGUAUUCGGCCGUAGACACGAUCCCCGUGCGACACCUACACCAAUCGAUCGGAAAAUCUAAGAAGCCUAUCGUCGUCGUGCGAUGGACGCCCGAGGGACGACGACUGUUGACCGGUGGUCAUACAGGUGAAUUUAUGUUAUGGAAUGGAACGGCGUUUAAUUUCGAGACGGUCAUGGACGCACAUUACGAUCAAAUUCAAGCCGGUGUCACCUCACUGGCAUGGGCUCACAGUCAGGACUGGCUCAUCUCUGGUGGACAAAGAGGAGAUAUCAAAUAUUGGCGACCUAACUUCAACAACGUCGAGACAAUUGACGACGCCCACCAUGAUGCGGUGCGCGAUCUUUCGUGGGCUCCGAGCGAUACCAAGUUCCUUUCGGCCUCUGACGACACAACACUCAAGAUCUUCGACUUCACCACCCGAACCGCAGACACCACACUGACCGGACACAACUGGGAUGUCAAGUCUUGCGAUUGGCACCCAACUAAGGGAUUGAUUGUCUCCGGAUCGAAGGACCACCAGGUCAAAUUUUGGGACCCGCGCACCGGGCGAUGCUUGACGACGCUUCAUAGCCACAAAAAUACGGUUACCUCCACGCGAUUCUCUCGGGUGAACAGCAAUCUUCUCGCCACCUCCUCGCGUGAUCAGACUGCGCGAGUAUUUGAUUUGCGGAUGAUGCGUGACAUUUGCAUUCUGCGGGGCCAUGAUAAGCCGGUUUCUUCGUUGACAUGGCACCCCAUCCAUAGCAACCUGAUUUCAACCGGUGCCGAGGACGGUUCUCUAUACCACUAUCUACUGGACGAACCGAACCUACCCAGCGGCCAGGUUCCUACCGUGGCGCCUUAUGACAGCCCGGACCCGGCCAACACGCCUCCACAGGUGAUCUACCCAGCUCAUCGCAUUCAAUAUGCACACGGCGCUACAAUCUGGUCAUUAGACUGGCACCCACUGGGUCAUAUUUUAGCCUCUGGAUCUAAAGAUAACUUUACUCGAUUCUGGUCGCGGACACGACCGGGUGAGACUAGUUACAUGAAAGACCGAUUCCACAUCGGCGAAGAAGCUGCCGAGGCCCAGGGAACCUGGAGUCGUGGAUUUGGCCGGAAACAAAUGCGCGAAGAUGAGGAGCAAGAAAAUCAAGACGAAGCCGACAGUUUGGUCGAUCAACGCCGCCCAGGUACUUCUGCUUUGCCGGGGAUCCAAAGUGCGCCGCAGGCCGGCUCUCAAAAUGACGGUCCCGGCAUGCUCCCCGGUAUUGGCAAUGCUCCCCCUCCACCACCUGGCGCCAUGAGCGGCAUGAACCCGGACCGCUUGGCCGCGCUCAUGUCCACCCAACAAGGGCCACCAUAG